UUGGAUGGCCAGCCUCAACACGCCAGAGACGGACAUCAUGAAAGCAGAGGCGUAAUGAGGGAGAGGAGGGCAGCCGGUGACCCAUACUGGUCCUAUUCAGGGAGCCAUGGACCUCGAGGCUGGGCAGCCUUAUACCCUGAAUGUGCUGCGAACAACCAAUCACCUGUGGACAUUACAGAUGAACAGGCUGUGGUUUCUGAGGAGUACCAGGAGCUGGUGCUUGAGAAGUUCAACGCCGAGUCCUCCAACCAGACCACCAUGAAAAACACUGGAAAGACAGUUGCUGUUUUCCUGAAAGAUGACUACUUUGUAAGAGGUGCUGGACUGCCCGGGCGUUUUAAAGCUGAAAAGAUGGAGUUUCAUUGGGGCCAGAGUGAUGGAUCAGCUGGCUCUGAACACAGCGUAAAUGGCAGGAGGUUUCCUGUAGAGAUGCAGAUCUACCUUUACAAUUCAGAUGACUUUGACAGCCUCAGUGCUGCCAUCAAGGAAAGACGCAUCAUCGCUGCCAUGACCAUCUUCUUUGAGCUGGGGCAAAAAGACAAUCCUGCUGUGGACCCUAUCAUCCAGGGAUUGAAAGGAGUAGUGCAUCAUGAGAAGGAGACCAACCUCAAGUCAUUCAUCCUGAGGGAUCUGCUGCCGUCAUCUGUGGACAGUUAUUACAGAUACACUGGCUCUCUGACCACACCACCCUGCAGCAAGGUAGUGGAGUGGAUCAUCUUCUCCAGGCCUGUAUAUGUGUCUCAGUCACAGCUUGAGGCCUUUUACAACAUCCUUACAACUGAGCAACAGGACCACGUCAAGUCUGUGGAAUAUCUGAGGAACAACUUCCGACCCCUGCAGGACCUUGACAACAGGAAAGUCUUUAAGUCAGCUGUAAAAGACGCAUGGCAGAAAGACUUGACAGAGAUCUUGGGAAGCCCUCAUGGCACAGAGGCUUCAAGAGUGUGCAGCAGUGCCCCAGUGAGCAUGAAGAUCCAGCCGCUGAACCAGACUGCUCUGAUGGUGAGCUGGGAACGCCCUCUAACCAUCUACCACCCACCCAUCACCAGUUACAUGGUCUCCUACAGCUGGGUGAAACGUGAUGUUGCUGAUGAAAAAACCUUUACAAAGACUGGAGACCAGAGCAUGAGAGCAGUCAUCACUAAUGUUUCCCCUGACGUCCUGUACCUCUUCAGAGUGCAGGCAGUGUGUCAGCAUGACCUGCGCAGUGACUUCAGCCAAACACUGCUGUUCAGAGCUAAUACAACAAGGAUAUUUGAAGGCUCUCGCAUUGUGAAAACUGGGAUGCCCACGAUUUCCCCAGCAUCUUCAGCAGACAUGGCUCCCAUUAGCUCUGGUUCUUCCACUUGGACGUCCUCUGGCAUCCAUUUCUCUAUCGUCUCCAUGGCAACAGGAAUGGGUCCCUCCUCGAGUGGCAGUCAGGCCACAGUAGCAUCAGUGGUGACUAGCACCUUGCUGGCGGGCUUAGGUGUUGGUGGAGGUGUCAUCUCUUCCCUGCCUAGUUCCGUUUGGCCCACCCAGGCGCCCCAAGCCACUCAAAACCCCACUCAUCCUUCAGUCCCACCUGCGAAGUCCAGCACGGAGCAAACAGCGCCACAGGGCUCAGAGACAGACACCCCAUCUGAGGACAGCCAGACCACACGAGACGGUGUGGAGGAGGAGGAAGAGGAGGGGGAGAGAGAAGGAGAGCAGGAGGAAGAAGAGGAUGAGAAGAAGAAGAAAAACAAGCCUGCGUCCACUAAUGAGGAAAAGCAAACUAACAGCACUGUGGCCAAAGAGUCUUUAAUCCCCACCCCUGCAUCCACAGCCAAAGAGAAAGACGGAGGGAAGCCUACAGCUAAAGGCACCACAGUACCUGAAAGCACUGGAGAUGAACAGCUGGUCAACAUAGAUGUAAAUGCAGUCCCUAGUCAGGAGCCUCGUAAUGACAGUGUAGAAAUGCAGAUUCCCCAAAGCUCCACGCUGGCUCCGAAGAUCAGUCGUCUUUGGCCAUUUUCUGUCCAGACUGAUAGGACCAUCUUGACCAACAUGACUCGCACCCCCCAGCCGGGGAUGGGCCGGAUGGUGUGGAUUGUCCCCCUGGUGGUAGUGUCAGCACUCACUCUGCUCUGCCUCAUAAUGCUGCUGGUUGUGAUGGUCUACUGGAGGAGGUUUUUUCAGACUGCUCACUUCUAUGUCGAGGAGAGUAGCUCCCCACGGGUGGUGGCCAAUGAGAAUAUUCCAGUCAUCCCUAUACCAGAUGACAUGGAGGCCAUCCCUGUUAAGCAGUUUGUUAAACACAUCAUGGAACUGUACAAGAACAACCUGCAAGGUUUCUCAGAGGAGUUUGAGGAGGUUCAACGUUGCACAGCAGACCUGAAAAUCACAGCGGAACACUCCAAUCAUCCAGACAACAAGCACAAAAACAGAUACAUCAACAUUGUAGCUUAUGACCACAGCAGGGUGAAGUUACGAGCUCUUGCAGGAAAAGAUGCUAAACAUUCAGAUUACAUCAACGCCAAUUAUGUGGAUGGCUACAACCAACCUAGAGCAUAUAUUGCUGCUCAGGGUCCUCUGAAGUCUACAUUUGAAGACUUCUGGCGGAUGGUGUGGGAGCAGAACACUGGCAUCAUCAUCAUGAUCACAAACCUGGUGGAGAAAGGAAGAAGGAAAUGUGACCAGUACUGGCCAACAGAACAGAACAGUGAGCAGUAUGGAAACAUUGUGGUGACACUAAAAAGCACCAAAGUACACGCCUGCUACACACUGCGACAGUUCCUUAUAAGGAACACUAAAGUUAAAAAGGGGCAGAAGGGAAACCCAAAAGGGAAGCUAAAUGAGCGCACCGUGGUCCAGUAUCACUACACUCAGUGGCCUGACAUGGGAGUACCAGAGUACACGCUACCUGUCCUCACCUUCAUCAACCGCUCAUCAUCAGCUCGUACUGCAGACAUGGGCCCCGUCCUAGUGCACUGCAGUGCAGGGGUUGGACGCACGGGAACAUACAUUGUCAUUGACAGCAUGCUGCAACAGAUCAAGGACAAAAGCACAGUCAGCGUCCUGGAUUUCCUCAAACAUAUACGCACACAACGCAACUACCUGGUCCAAACGGAGGAACAGUAUGUUUUCAUCCAUGAUGCUCUGAUGGAGGCCAUCCUGAGCAAAGAGACAGAGGUGCCUGCCUGGCAGCUGCACAGUUAUGUCAACAGCAUCCUGACACCGAACUCGACAGGCCGCACGCGACUGGAGAAGCAGUUCAGGCUGCUGACUCAGUGCAACACACGCUUUGUGGAGUGCUUUAGCGCCCACAAAGACUGUAACAAGGAGAAGAACCGCAAUUCCUCAGUGGUUCCCUCGGAACGAGCGAGGGUCGGACUCACCACUCUGCCUGGGAUGAAAGGAACAGAUUACAUUAAUGCGUCCUACAUAAUGGGUUACUACAGGAGUAAUGAGUUCAUUAUUACCCAGCAUCCUUUACCACACACCACCACAGACUUCUGGAGGAUGAUUUGGGACCAUAAUGCUCAAAUUAUUGUCAUGCUACCUGACAACCAAGGCCUGGCUGAGGAUGAAUUUGUGUAUUGGCCAAGUCGUGAAGAGGCCAUGAACUGUAUAGCCUUCACUGUCACACUGAUCAGUAAAGACAGACUGUGCCUCUCCAAUGAGGAGCAGAUCAUCAUCCAUGACUUCAUCCUAGAGGCUACACAGGAUGAUUAUGUUCUGGAGGUGAGACAUUUUCAGUGCCCUAAAUGGCCAAACCCUGAUGCUCCUCUCAGCAGCACCUUCGAGCUCAUUAGUGUCAUCAAGGAGGAGGCCAUGACUCGAGACGGCCCCACCAUUGUGCACGAUGAGUAUGGAGCGGUGUCAGCGGGGAUACUCUGUGCCCUCACCACUCUGUCCCAGCAGUUGGAGAGCGAAGGCGUCGUCGACAUCUAUCAGGUGGCAAAGAUGAUCAAUCUCAUGAGGCCGGGAGUUUUCACUGAUAUAGAGCAGUACCAGUACCUUUACAAAGCCAUGCUCAGCCUGGUCAGUAACAGAGAGUGUGGUGUGAGCCCCAUGCACAUGGACACUAAUGGGGUGGUGGUGAUUGCGGAUGAGUCGGACCCCGCUGAGAGCAUGGAGUCGCUCGUCUGAGAACAUUGUUACAGGCACUUAAUUUGUAAAAAUCCAAGAACUUUUCUGAGGCCUUUUUUGCCAGACUAUUGAUUAAAUGAAUAACCUUAUUACUUUUUAUACUGAUAAAGUUUUUUGAUAUUUAUGUUUUUGUCCUUUACUUCUUGUCUUAAAUGUUAUCCUGCUGAGCGUUUGCACCUGUUUUAAGUUGACGUGAGGAAAAAGCAGCUCUGUCCAGUUUGCACUAUACUAUCAGUGUUACUGCCUAAAAACCAGUGAGUGAAAAAUGUUCGAUUGAAUCGUGGCGACACAACACAACACAACUGGGAUCAUGGACCAUAAUGAGACAAACCUGAAGCAUGAAGACCAGGAUGAGUUCAGAGGAUCCAUUUUCUGAAAAUAUAACAUCACAGUGCAGCCCAGCAUGCAUUAAGUCACUUUGUCACCUUGAUCAAACUAACUGUUUUCAGGCUCCCCUCCACAUGGGUGCAGCUCUUUAUCACAUGAAGAGACUAUUAGUCACCUAAUAUCGAUAUACUGUCCAAAUAUCUCACUACUGUUAUGUAAAACUUGUACUUAAGGCUUAUUUUGUUUAACUGUGUUACAACAUCUAAUGUGAACAUUUAUUGCUUUUUACAGGGAUUUAUAUUGUUAUAUUGUUUUGUAUUGUAUAUUAUAUCUUUAAUAGCCAGCCAAUGUCUUUUUCUUUUGUACCUUUAUCUAUUUGUCCACUGACCCUGGUGUAAAAAACAUAAUUUGGAGUUUUUGUAGCUUAUUAUGAAUAACCUACAAAUAUCCACGUUUUUUUUGUUUUUUUGUUUUGUUUUGUUUUGUUUUUUUACCCCAAGUUCACAUAUUAACAUGUCUUUAUUCGCACAGCACAGUGUCUACACUAAGUUUCCACCCCGUCGGUCAUUUUACGUUUUAUUAUUUUACACCCUUGAAUAACAGUGGAUGUUAUCAGAUUUUUACACUUACCACCAAAAAUGUCAAAAAUAAACAGCUACACGUUGAUGUAAUUUAAAGCCCCUUAUGUAUUGUAUAUUCUUCUUUCCUUUACUGAAUUAGAAGCUUUCAUAGCCCUCAUGUUGAGUAGACAGACUGGUUUGCGUCAUCGUAUAUAUCGAUCCUCCGUUUUGUCUCAUUUAUCUGUUUAAUGAUGUCGAGUUUGAGUGAUGACAGGGAGGGUAAAUAUUCCCACUGCUAGUUCCGUCUGAAUUUGUCGUCUGGACUGUGUUUUAGCCAGUCCAGGAUGUUAAUGAUGUCUCUGAGCCGCCCCUGAGUUGUUUUCGUUUUCCGCUUGAAGUCGUUUUUGUCCGUGACAGAUAAAUCUUGCUGCAGUUUUUAUUUGACAAAGCACAGCAGAGUGUCCUCCAUGUUUUCUCUGCAGGCCCUGCAUGCUUUGUCACUUUGAUUCAGUCUCUCAUAUAUUUUCAUUUUUCUUGUCCUUUGGAUUCUUCUCUGUGCAUUGCUCCUCCUCAUAAAGCUGUGACUGUAAAACACCUGGACAGGGUUUCCAAUCCCAGUCUGUGGCCCCUUCAGGGCCCCCCGUCAGCCCCCGGUGGCUUCACAUUCACUUUUUGAGAAUGAGCUGCUGCGGGCAAAUUUACAGCUAUAUCAUAUCCUUUCCUUUUCUUAUUCUCAGACUAGGGAUGUUCAGUGCCUUGGAAGUUUUCUGACAGUGUUUCUCUUUCAGUAAAGUUUUGACUUUUUAUGUGUCUCAUGAGAAACUUUUUUUUUUUUAAUCAGGUCUAUUAAACCUGAUUAAAAAAACAUCUUGAUAACUCAUUUAGCUGUUUAUGCAAACAAUCUGCAACUCUAAUGAUUAUUUAGGUCCCACAGUAAAGGAAUUAACACAAAUGGAUUUUUUUUUUUUCUUUUUGUGUUUUGCGAUUAAAAAGGCUGAUUUUGUUUAAACAAAAAUCAUCUAAAACAAGCAUCCACUGUGUUUAAAAGGUGUAAAUAAGUAAAACGUACAGUCAGUGAGGGGGUGAAUCCUUUUUGUAGGUAGUGUUCUUUGUUUUUUUUUUUCUUUUUACUCGGGGUUGAUGCUUUAUUUGUAACCAAAGAUGUGGUUCAGUGGCUCACUGGUUUUAACCUGAGAUCUAUUUAAUCAACUCAAUCUAAAUUGUUAAAUCUUGUACUACAGAUUUCCAGUGUUGGAUAUGAAUUUAACCAGACCUAAGCAUGUUUCUGUUGUAGCCUCAGGAACUCACCGUAGAGAAUCAGAGUACAUGACGCUUUCCUCACACUAGACCUGAGAUUGAAAUUCAGAUUGUAAAAUGUAUUUUAUUUGGGCUGAAGUUCUGUAUCCACACUGCUUUGUGGCUAUAAUUAUAAGCCCUUUUCAACCCUGAAUAUUCCUCUCUUCAUUGAUUCUUGUGUAAACUGUCCACAGUGAAUUCUGUGUUAAUGUUUUUGUUUUUUUUCUUCUGUGAACACACACUUCUCUGCUCCAGUGGGGUUUGAUAAAUCCACUGAAAACUGUCCAGCAUUUGGAGAGAAUCAGAUCUCAUAUCUCCCCAACAAAACAUCCCUUUGCAGCAAAUCUUUGAUUUUUGUUCCUUUGGAUGAUCGCCAGCGUUCUUUGAUAUUUCUACAGUAAUUUUAAUGUGCAGUGGCUUCACAUGUAAAUUUGUGAUCAUAGAAGUUUAUAUUUUCAUACAAAGAUUUUGUUUGUACAGUGGCCCUUUAACAGAUUGUACUUUGUGGAAGAUUUAUCAUCUAAAUCUCCACAGCCGUAAAAAGCUCGCAGAGCUCCAUGCUUGUAAUUAGACCACAUUUCCCUGACAUUUGCUAAAUGGUCUAGGGAUUCAGUAUGUCAGCCUCAGUGCAUUUCAGCCAGGUUGAAAAUGAAGUCUAUUUUGUAACUGAACAUGAAUGAUGAAGUGGUUUUCUCCUUCAUAUCACACAUUUAUAUGAUGGUAUCAUAGCAGUAUAUUCCUAUGAUGCUGUUAUAUACCAUAUUAUAGUGUAAUAGUGUUAUUUAAUAGGUAACUUGUACUGCUAUACAUGAAAUAAAGUCUGGGUUUGGAUGCACUGCA